AAAGAGGGAGAGGGAAAAAAGAAAAGAAAAGAAAAGAAAAGAAUCAUGGGUUCUGAAGCAGCACCAAAGCUUCCUGUCCUGGAUUUCACCCAGGAAAAUUUGAAGCCAGGUACAAGCUGUUGGCUCAAAACCUGUGCUGAUGUCAGGCAGGCACUUGAAGAGUAUGGCUGUUUUAGAGUAGAAUACAAGAAACUAUCUCCAGAACUUCGCAAUGCAGUCUUUGGUGCCUUGAAGGACUUGUUUGAUCUUCCCACUGAAACCAAAAUACAAAACAAAUAUCAGAAACCCUUAAAUGGUUAUGUUGGACAGAUACCCAAACUCCCUCUCCAUGAAAGCCUGGGUAUUGAUGAUGCAAUAUCUCGACAGGCAACUCUAAAUUUCACAAAUCUCAUGUGGCCCAAUGGAAAUGAUCACUUCUGUGAGUGUGUUUUUGAGUAUGCAAAGGUUGCAGCAGAGCUAGAUCACAUAGUGACCAGAAUGAUAUUUGAAAGCUAUGGAGUAGAGAGGUACCAUGAUGCUUAUUUGGAGUCUACUACUUACCUUCUUCGAGUCUUGAAGAAUAGAGCAGCGAAAGAAGAUGAGCCUAACUUGGGGUUUAUCACACACACUGACAAGAGCUUCACUACCAUACUUCAUCAAAAUCAAGUUAAUGGUUUGGAAGUGGAUACCAAGAGUGGUGAGAAGAUCACAGUAGAAUUUUCACCUUCAUCCUUUGUAGUCAUAGCAGGUGACGCCUUGAUGGCAUGGAGCAAUGACAGAAUAAUAUCUCCUAGCCAUAGAGUGAUCAUGAAUGGAAAGGUUGAUAGAUACUCAAUGGGGUUAUUUGCCUUUAAUAGUGGAGUAAUACAAUUACCUCAAGAACUCGUAGAUGAGGAGCACCCUUUGAUGUACAAGCCUUUGGAUCACAUUGGACUUCUCUAUUUCUAUCGUACUGAUGAAGGUUACAAAUCCAAGUGUCCUGUUAAGGCCUAUUGCGGUAUUUGA